CACUGAAUGGUUUAAUUUGUCUAACAAUACACGACAUGUACAUUCUUAUACACCUAUAACUCCUACUUCUCAAAUGCCAGAAAAUCAAUGAAGUUAUUCUAUGGACGAUUCUCUGAACGCUGAACUACAUAUCCCAAGUUGCACUGUGCCUGCGUCAGCGUGUUGCUGGAGCAUCAGUACUUUACAAAUGACUGUACUAAAAUAGGAAAUGAUGUAUUCAGACUAAACCAAGUCGAAAAGAGACAAAUGUUAUGUUUUUAAACUAAAAUAUAUCCGUUAGUAUCCAUACUGUGUGAUACGUGUUAUUCCCUCCUUGGUAGCUGGCAAGGAGGCAUUCGUUAUUUAUGACAGUCUUUUCAGAAUGUGCAUCCCAUCCGUACUGUACGCUGUUAGAAAGCGGUUCGUCGCCCGGUCUCCGUCACUUUACUGGUAUCAUGUAACCUCUAUCUGGGGCGGACCGGUUCUGUGAGCAUGUCCCCCUAAGCCGCCUCUGUUGGAUCCCGAGCCGCAGUACUUCUCCCCUCCUCCCCAAGUCGCUUCGAGGGGGAUGGGAGCGGGACGUUCUCGGAAUGCGUUAGGGAUUUUAUUGCAUGCAGUCUUAGCUCUUGGGUCUUAAUACGUUGCUUUUUUUUUUUUUUGCUGUCAUGCCAUUCAUGCCGAAUAAGCGGUGAAUUUGCAGAACCGACCCGGGCGAACGUCGUUCCCCGAGUCGUCGCGAGAGACGGAAGCGGCUGCGGGGCUUUUUCCUCUCCUCUCCCCCUCCCUUGGUAGUGUAUGGGGUUGGGGCUGCAGUGCACGUUUGCGCUGCGAGUCUCGGGGCUGCUAUCUCGGCCGAGACCGCUCCCCUUCUGAGCCACCGGCCCAGACGCAGCUGCCCGUGCAAUAUCCCGCCGAUCCCCUCUUCAAAGCUCGGCUCGGCUUGGAUCGGCUGCUCUGUACCGGCUGCGGAGAGACGCAGGCGAUCAGCCCUGUGGCCUGUUUCCUAAGCAGAAGGUAAGGAAAACCGGAUGCCACAGGGACAUCACCUGCGCAAUGAACAUACAUUUUAUUUACACUUGCAGCCGCAGUUGAGUGUUGAAUGGCUUCGUGUUUGCUUUCCCUGCAACACCAAACUGCUUGUUUUUAGUAUUAUUACUAUUAACUGCAGCUUGGGAAUCUAGGCUAGGUGUUAACUUCACUUUUUGAACCGCAGUUUUUAUUGUCUUUUAUAGGUAGCGUAUGUGUGGCUACAUUUCAGCAGCUCAGGGAUGGAAGCUGUUAAACUGUUGCCAUUAGGAGAUGGCAGAUGUAUUGGUCGAACGGGUUCAGUGUAUGUGUGUUUUCAUGGUACAUUUACAGGUUGUCUGAAUUCAGAAAUGAAAGUGCAGAGGAGCAUUUUGAUAAUCGUCACAUCCUUUUUUACACUUCUGCCUUGGUGUGACAUGAAGGGCCCAGUCGUCAGUAUACAUGUUUAUUGAUUUUUAUGUGGUUUGCUUUGUUCGUACUGAAAGGCGUACUGAUAUGCUUGCAGGGCAUGGAAUUUGAAGAGGCUUUUGAAGCAUCACUUGGAAAUAUUCCUGUUUUGUUGCAAACCAACAUAAAAGUGAUAGUCAAUUAAGCUUAAAUCCUUGCUUUUAGAGAAUAAUGCCAUCUUGGGCUGCUCCGGGUUCAGCUUGGUCAAUUUAAUUUUCCUCUGACCUACAGCCCAGGCCUGAAUGUGUCUUAUUGGAGGUUAGAACUGUGCCAAUAUUGAGAGCUGGUUACCAUGGUGACAUGCAUCCCCCCCCACCACAGUAGUGUCAGAGCUCACCACCCCCUUCCACAACUCACCUCCUGUCAAUCCUCCUACCCUACUCCAUUCCAUUUACCUUUACUGGCUGUCAGACCACUUUGUUGAUGGACUCUCUCAUUCAAAGCAUCGUACAGGACUGAGCACGGCCUCGCGGUGGAUUCCCAGUGCCCUGCCGGAGGGUAGGCUCCCGAUGACCAGCCACCGUGGCCCCAGUGCCCGGGCAGGCUGGGCUGGGGGAUGGGGCCCGGACACUAAGGGUGGUUCCUGGCUCCUGGGCAAGUUAACCAGGCUGCCGGCCCCGCCCCUGUCCCGUGCCCAGCUGAAGAGGCUGGAGGAGCACCGGUACAGCAGUGCGGGGCACUCCCUGCUGGAGCCCCUCAUGCAGCACUACUGGGAGUGGCUGGUGGGCCGGGUCCCUGCAUGGGUCGCCCCCAACCUCAUCACCAUCGUGGGCCUGCUGACCAACAUCGCCACCACCCUGGUCCUGGUCUGCUACUGUCCCACUGCCACUGAGCAGGCACCUCAGUGGACAUACUUAUUAUGUGCAGGGGGCCUUUUCAUCUACCAAUCGUUGGACGCCAUUGAUGGGAAGCAGGCCCGGCGCACUGGCAGCAGCUCUCCACUUGGGGAGCUCUUUGACCAUGGUUGUGACUCCCUGUCCACAGUGUUUGUGGUCCUUGGCACCUGUCUUGCCCUCCAGCUGGGCACCCACCCUGACUGGAUGUUCUUCUGUUGCUUUGCUGGCAUGUUCCUCUUCUACUGUGCCCACUGGCAGACCUAUGUCUCUGGGGUCCUGCGCUUCGGCCUGAUUGACGUGACUGAGGUGCAGGUCCUCAUCAUUGUCAUGCAUCUCCUGGCCGCGAUUGGUGGACAUGCUUUCUGGCAAGCUCCGAUUCCCGUGGUAAACAUCCCAAUGAAGAUCGUGCCCGCCCUCUGCACCUUGGCGGGGUCCAUCCUCACCUGCGCCAGCUACUUUCGCGUCAUCUUCACUGGCGGCGUUGGGAAAAACGGCUCCACUAUUGCAGGCACGAGUGUCCUUUCCCCCAUCCUUCACAUUGGCUCCGUCAUCAUGCUGGCUGUGAUGAUCCAUAAGAAAUCGUCGGUCCGUCUGUUUGAGAAGCACCCCUGUCUGUACGUGCUGGCCUUUGGCUUUGCAUCUGCCAAGAUCACAAACAAGCUGGUGGUGGCCCACAUGACCAAGAGCGAGAUGCAUCUCCAUGACGUGGCUCUGCUGGGUCCGGGCCUGCUCUUCCUGGAUCAGUACUUCAGCAGUUUCAUUGACGAAUACUUGGUCCUUUGGAUUGCGCUGGUCCUCUCAGGCUUUGAUCUGGCACGAUACUGCGUCAGUGUCUGCAAUCAGAUCGCAUCCCACCUGAACAUUUCUGUGUUCAGGAUUAGGCCCCGGACCCCUCAAUGCUCACAGCUGAUCGCUGCUUCCCGUUCGUGACUGUAACUUCCCCCUGCCACCCGUCAGGGGCAAACUCUCUUAUUUCCAGGGAGAAGAAAGCAAGUACAGAGGUAUUACUGGAGGAAGUCCUGACUUCCACGGUGAAAGUCAGCAGAUGAAUAACACGUUGCUUCAACUCGUCUGACCAGUUGUAUUUGUUUUAUGUAGCCAUACAGUCGGGCACCAGGGCAAAGGCCAAUUCCAAAUAUCACUUUCUCAUGUCUUAUGCACUGGUGCAUGUUUGCGUGACACACAUUAAAUGCAUCCCCAAACACCCAAAUGCAGUAGGUGGUUUGAACAAGGUCUUAAAAACACAAAUCUUGACUUUCAAGUAUAAUUUUAACAGUCAGGUUGUUUCUCAUUUACUUGGGUAUUAAACUACAGUCAGUUUUAGAUUCCUGUCUGUUCAGGUGUUACUGGGUUUUAGGGAAAUACCCCCCCACACACACACACACACACACAAAACACUGACACACCAGCGACAGUUCAAUAUGAGUAGCUUAGUUUGUCUGUUUGUACAAGAAUAUGCUUUGUGUGUCUUACCUGGGUAGAAAACCUUUUGGACCAAAAUCUUAGCAAACCUUUUCGCCAAGACAAACUGGAGGACCUGCACAAGAAAGGCAUGUAAAAUGGUACUCAGUUUCAAUUAGUGUCAAUACCGAUGUUGCUAGAUGUGUUUUAUUUCAAACAACCAGCUUCAGGAUACGUGAGAACCAAUUUGAAUCCGUUUUAUGUGAAGUUUCCUUAUGGAAGGUGAUUCACUGCUGAUUUCCGUGUGCAGGUUUGCCGUAUAUAGCCUGUUGAUCAGUAUUAACAGCUCGAGACCCAUUUUAAGUUUUCAGUGUUUUAACACUACCCAAAUAUAUUUUGUCUUCUUUUUUGUGUUUAUGAUGUUAACAAGACAUCUAAUCCAGUUUAAAAUUGAAGGCUCGUCUUAAAUGACUUUUCAUGGAAAAUGAACUGGUAUUUGUUGAAUCUAACGUAAAAAGUGUUGCUUUGUUAAUGUUAAAUGACCUUUCUCGAGUCAGCUGUAACUGUCCAGUAGUUUUUCUAAAAGAAAACUGCCUUAACGUUGAUACUGAAUUUGAAAUCUUGUUUAAUACCACAGUUGUACUACCUUUUGCAUGUGUUUACAGAAAUGUUCACUGACAGAGCGGCUGAAUGCCGCGUUUUGGCACAAACUAGUUUAUUGUAAGAUACAUAGUCCCUUUCACCUUGGCUUCGGUUGUUGAUUAAUUAUUUCCGAGUAAUAAGAACAACUAAUUGUCAUUCAGGGUGUAAUUUGUCUGUCUCGCUCAUCCUUAAAUUCACAGCCGGAAACGUGCGGUGACAUUACAAGAAUGAUGAAUACUCGUUAUUUUGCACAAAACUUCUGCUUCAACUCCAUCUACCAUUUUUAGUCUUUGGAAAGCUGUUAAACUAUUUUGUUAACGUACAAUGCAAUGGGAACAUGUUUCCAAUGACAACGUAUGAAUGUUCUACCAUUUCGCGUUUGUGUGCAUAAUAUACUGAGGAAAUAUAUUAAACGUACUUAACGUGCGGCAAAAAUAACAGCUGGUUUUGGUUCCUGAGUGCAGACGUAAAACGUCUUUUGGGAAAAAAAUGCAUAUUUUUUCUUGCUUUUAUCUUCUAAAACAGUUUCUGUGUACGGUUUUGAAAACGUUGUUUUUCAAUUUUAGUGUAAACUUUCUAUUUAGAAACAUUUAAUUAUUAAAGUUGUAUGUAAAACUA